GAUAAUGAUAAGAUAACACGCCCAUUCCAUAUAGAUAACUUACUGACUACACAUACUUUAAUAUGAAGUGAUUGUUUUUGUGAAUAAAAUAAUGGAGGAGCCACGAAACAAGAUCCCCGCCCGGAUGGAAAGGGGUGAAAGCAGGGUGGAAGAUUUACAUUUGGACCGGAUUGUGGCCUCACAGCCCGAGAUAGGGCCUACACCUCCCGACGGUGGAUAUGGGUGGUUGAUUGUUGUGUCUGCUGUAAUGUAUCAUAUUACGGUCCCAGCCCUGCUGUCUAUGUACGGUUUAAUCAUCUUGAAGGCGAUCAGAGAAGAAGAUCAUGAUGAGAACGAACGUAUGAAGAUAUGGGACGUCGACAUAGCUUUGGUUCCAGUCAUAGCAGUUAUCAUUAGACUCCUCCUGGAAUCAUGGUGCAGGGCUGUUGUGAAGAUCUUCAACAUGCCAAGGUUCAUGGCUCUGGCGGGUCUGUGCCUCACAGUGGCCGGCGUCCUCCUCUCCAGUUACUCCACUGAUUCAGAAAGUAACGACCACAUAAUAAACAUAUUCUCCGGUAUAUUUACAGGUGCUGGGUGCGCUCUAACUGGACAACAGACUGAGAUUAUCAUAACCCACUACUUUAGAGAGAAGCUGACGAUGGCCCAGAGACUGGUCCGCAUGGCGCCAUCUGUCGGCAACUGCCUUGUGCCAAUACUCAUCGGGUACCUAUGUACAAUAUACACCGGCGAUGUGGUCGUCAUGAUCUAUGGAGCCAUCAUCAUGCAGAACUGUGUCUUCCUAGCAUCGUACUCCCGCCCGAUAUACAUAGAAAGAGUUAUUCGACACACUUAUAACAUGCUACGAGACGCCGUUGAGGACGAAGACGAGGUCAUUUUCUCAAAUCAAAAUCGACCAGGUGGUAGCUCUAGUCAGGGCCAAACCAACCCUCCAGUAGGGCCCUCACAGAACACUACGCAAGAUGAGGAUGGCGCAGACGCAGUCGUUUUCAGCACUAGAAAGAAUGCCAAAGAGAUCCUCGACCCUGCUAUACAGCAUAGAGAAAACCAAUUAGCUUCCAACGCAGACUUACAACGCAGGUUUUCGAAUGACUUCAGUACACUACACGAUGUGACCUCCAACCGAUUUUCUUCUGAUUUUGGAUCGCUGGACGUCACCAGCUACGCUAGAGUGAAUGGCUACCAGGAACUAGAAAAUAUUGACAGUAGAAACCCUCAACCUCUGUAUAGAGAGACCACAGUCAACGCGCCGCAGGGUAGCGUGGUCUUCGCGGACGAAGUAUCUCCGGGAACUGCCAGGAGAACAGCGUCAUUGAAGAAGAACUUCAUCACGAUCACGAACAUGCUGCUAGACAUUAAUUUCUACUUGUAUGCGUUGCUACAUCUGUGCACGACUUUCUCUAUACUGGUGCUUGGUGUUCUGUUCCCGCCUUUGAUUUGGGAGCAAAAUCCUUCGAUGAACAUUUCAUCGGUUUCGACACUGAUAGCAGUAGCUCACGGGUCAGCAUUGUGCUUCAUAAUGCUGUGCGUCGUGCUUCCAAAGUCCAUCAACGAGAAAGCGAGACUGUGCGCCGCGUUCUGCGUCGCCGGGGCUAUGGGCUUUUAUGGAAUCGCAUUCUCAGAAAAAAAGAGUUUGUUUGUCGUGUGGUGCAUGCUGGCGAGCUUCGCGACGGCUGCCUCCAGCAUCCUGCAGCAGCCGUUGUACAACAGCACCCUCAACGACUUCGACACAACAGCUACAAUGACGACAUCCAACACAAUCGUAGCCAUAUUCAUCAUGGCCUGGUCCCUUCUGUACAACUAUGAUUACAGGACUUGUUUCUUGACUGCCAGUGGGCUGCAGACUGUGACUGCUUGCAUGUUCUUCGCUUUGUCUUUUAGGAGACGGCGGUAGUUUAUUGUGUAGUCUGUAUAGAUUUAAGAUUAAGGACUGUGUAUGUGUUUGUUAUUUGGUUAAGAGUGAAUUGUUGGUGUGAUUUAAAAAUAAUGUUUAUUUUAUUAAAGUAAUAUAUUUUAGAGGAUCUUGUUAUUCAACGUGUUAAAUGAGUUUUAAAUGCAAAAUUGUUGCUGUUACAGAAAUAAGAUGCUACUACCUUUAGUGUAGAAUAUUUUAACGAUAUUUGUAUACCAUAAAAUAGUCUAUAUCACGGCUCCCUAAUGGUAGUUCCUUGACACUUUUUUUUACAAAAAAAUCCAAGGCAGUGAUUUAUUAUUUUGGAAAUUUUUAAAGAUUAUUUUGUUGAUUCUAAAGUUGAGUCUAUUUAACAAGGUUCUAUUUUUAUAUAGUAUAUAAUACGUAUGAACAAGAUUUAUUGUUAAAAGAAAUAUAUUUUUAAGGUUGGUAUUUUAUAAGUGAAAUGAGGAUAAGUGUAGACUAAUUUAUUAUUGUUUAUGUGAAUAACAUAUCUUGCCCUCACACUAAAUAACUAUUCAAACAAUACAAUUAAACUAAUUAAAACUCAAAAUACAUAGUUAGUUGUUUAUUUCUUAAGAGAUCAUAUCUGUCGCAGUCGGUAAUGUAAAAUAUCACAUAUAAAGGGCGCAUUUGGCGGAAGACCACAAGCAACACCUAGUUCUCUAUGGUACAGUUAGGUUUGCCGCCUUAUGCGUCCUUUACCUAUCUCUACAGGAUAUCGUGUGACAUAGGAAAACAUAUCUAAGAACGCACCCAUGUGUAAGUAAUAAAUGAUUAUAAAUAGUAUUAAAUUAUUUUCCAUGGUCCAAUGCUAUACAAUGAGAAAUCAAGAGAAACAUCUCAAUACCAACAGAACGUUCAUUAAGUCCAAAAGACGCGGCACCAGAGACUAAGGAAUAUUUGUAUCGCAAAAGAACAUGUACACAAACUUUAAUUGUGGUGAUUCAGAAUUCAAAUGCUAACCGAAAAGCUCUUAUAUUCUCCUGUUAAGUUUAAGUGAUUACUGAAGAGAUUUCGUUUUAUACCAUAAGUACAUGAAAGUAAGGUUCAAUUUAUAAGCAGUAGUAUUUUAAGUAAAUAAAUAUAAUAAAAUUAAAAAAGAAA